AUGAGUGGUACAGAAGCAGAGUCAGCUGCUAGGAAGAGAGUUCGAGAGCGCUGGUGCCAAGUUGAAUACAAUACCAAGCGAGAAGAGCAAGCCGAUGAAGUUGUGCCGAAGAGGGCAAAAAUAGGCGGUACUCCAGAAGUGAUAGACCUUACGAGUGAUCAAGAGGACACCACGUCAUGGGAAGCUUCUGAAACAGACAUCCCGGUUCUAGGGGAGGCCCCAACUAAUGGGGAAUCUUCAUCGGGCGCCACACGCGAGCAUGGCAGAGUAAACUACCCUUUCAAACUUGUGCGCUCAGAGUUCUACGAUGAGGGCCAUGUGUCAGAACAUUUCAUAACCCUACAAGAGAUAUUCUCAGAAAGCAAACUAACCAGGGCGUGGCUUUUUAGCUUUCAAUAUGAACUGGAUUUCAUUUUGCCCAUGUUCAAUGAAUCUACUCAGAUCACCAUCAUCGCCCAGAAAGGCACAAUCUUGCCUCCAACGCGCAUAAGCUCAAAAACCUCGAAAAUCUUGUCCAAGAUGAAAACAAUAGAGCUUCAAAUGCCUCCGUUUGCCUGCCACCACUCUAAGAUGAUAGUCAAUGAGUACCGCGAUGGGAGUUGUUGCAUUUACAUUCCUUCUAACAAUUUUACACAUGCAGAAACCAACCUGCCCCAACAGAUAGUUUGGUGCAGUCCUCGUUUGCGUCGGUGUAGCGAAGCUGUAAAAGAAUCAGAGUUUAGAAAAAGCCUCGUAAAAUACCUGAACGCCUACCCAGUGUCGCUAAAGCCCUUAAUAGAAUUUCUUGGCACCCUCGAUUUCACGUCCCUCGACCAACUGGGCGUGGAAUUUAUAUUUUCGUGCCCUAAACCAUUUGAGAGUAUUCUGUCAGGCAUUCCCUUGCUUCACAAGGCUCUCUCCAGUCGGCAGCAUGCUGCGGGUGGGAACACCGGCCGGGAAAGACACCGCUACCUAAGCCAAGUUUCCACAAUAGGCGCGCCGUUGAAAACUGGCUUGGAAUAUCCCGGAAAUCUCUUUUCACACCUCAUGAUUCCAUUACUGUCUGGGUUGUUGGUCGGCCCACGGGACCGUAAGAGGGCCUACGAAAUCCCGAAUUUGCAUAAGGUCUUCGAAGACUAUAACAUUGAGCCUUAUAUCGUGUAUCCCACACCAGAAGAAAUACGUCAAUCUCCAAUGGGCUAUCUGACUGGAGGUUGGUUUCAUUUCCACUGGCUAAGAAAUCAGGCUACCAAGACUGUCUAUAACACUUUGAAGAAGUGGGGAGUUUUGCACAAGCAGCAGCCGCAAGAUUGCCCCAGGAGAGGCCGCACCCCGUCACACACCAAGUUUUACAUGAAAUCAACAACUCUUCUCGAUAACCAGGCGCCAUUCAGCGAAGUUGAUUGGUUUUUAUUCACAACUGCAAACCUGAGCCUUAACGCAUGGGGCACCACUACGCGUAAACCGCAAAAUUACGAAGUUGGUGUGCUUUUCAAAUCUCAGGAUAGGCGCCGCAUCACCGUCAAAAGCGUGUCUGAUCUUGUGUACAGCAAAUUUCGUAGCACAGGGCAGAUCCUUGGCUCCUCAAAAGUUCACUCCAAUGCGAAUAUUUGCGUCAUGGUUCCCUUUGACAUCAAUCCCGUGCCCUAUCAACCGGGAGACGAUGCCUUUUGCGUCUCGAGGAGCUAUGAAGCACCUGACAUACAUGGUAAACUCCAUCAAGCUCAGAAUUGA